UCUACCCCAAUUGUGGGGUUAACUCGUGAAGACUGAAGGAGUAGUAUUGAUAAACCCUAAACCCUUCAAAAUUUGGGGAAGAUCACAUUUUGCAAUUCAGAACUCGAUGAUGAUGACAUUAGAAAUUCAUUUGGGAUUCAAUUGAAACGCAAAUUCGUCUUUGAGUAUGGAGCUGACGCCAUGCUUGAAGCUCCACUAGAAUGCAUUCAAAGCUUGGACUCCUUUUGCUCUGCGGAAAAUCGAUCUAUUCUCUAUCCAAAUGCAGAAAUUCGACUGCAAGAUAUGCUCUUUUCAAUUAUCUGACUUCUACACUAUCUAAUAGUUCAAUAAUCAGCCAUAACCUCGGCAUUUCGCCGUGUUCUUAUCGCUUCCUAUCUUCACAUCGUCAAUUUUCCGGUUACGCUGUUGAGCAGUUCUCCGACGAUGAAUACGAGUGCGAUUUUGAGACGAAUACGGCAUCUUCUUCAGUGGCAAAUGUUGAUGAGUGGAAAUGGAAACUUAGCAUGUUGUUACGCAAUGAACAAGAGCAAGAGAUUGUAUCUAGAGACAAAAGGGAUAGGAGAGAUUUUGAGCAGAUAUCAAAUCUUGCUAAAAGGAUGGGACUUUACUGUGAGGUAUAUGGGAAAGUGGUUGUUGCAAGCAAGGCCCCUCUUCCCAAUUAUCGGCCAGACCUUGAUGAUAAGCGGCCACAAAGAGAGGUGGCAAUUCCGUUAAGCGUACAAAGGAGAGUGGAAGGUUUACUUCAGGAGCAUCUAGAUAGGAUACAGUUGGAUUCUGGUAAAUCCAGUGAUGGUGCACUGGAAUGUAAGACCUCUAAUGCAGAUAGCAACAUAACUUUGGGUGAGAAUCCAAAUGAUAUGAUGGAUGAUUCAGUAAUGGAAAGGAUUCUUCAAAGGAGGAGCUUGCAGUUGCGUAAUAUGCAGAGGACUUGGCAGGAAUCUCCUGAAGGUAGAAAGAUGCUGGAAUUCCGGAAAUCACUGCCUGCAUUCAGUGAGAAGGAGAGGCUUCUUCAAGCAAUUGCAAAGAACCAAGUAAUUGUGAUUUCGGGUGAGACUGGAUGUGGUAAGACCACCCAACUUCCUCAGUAUAUAAUAGAGUCAGAGAUAGAGUCAGGUCGUGGUGCCUUCUGUAACAUAAUCUGCACACAACCCCGAAGAAUAUCUGCUAUGGCGGUCGCUGAAAGAGUCUCCACUGAGAGAGGAGAACCUCUUGGUGAAUCUGUUGGCUAUAAAGUCCGGUUAGAAGGAAUGAAAGGGAAAAAUACCCACCUACUUUUUUGUACCAGUGGUAUUUUGUUGCGGCGCUUGCUGAGUGAUCGCAACUUGAAUGGCGUGACCCAUGUCUUUGUGGAUGAAAUUCACGAGCGAGGAAUGAACGAAGACUUUUUAUUGAUCGUGUUAAAGGAUCUUCUCCCUAGGCGUCGGGAUUUGAGAUUGAUUCUGAUGAGUGCAACAUUAAAUGCGGAGCUGUUUUCCAAUUACUUUGGUGGAGCCCCAAUGAUUCAUAUACCAGGAUUCACAUAUCCUGUGAGGGCUCAUUUCUUAGAAGAUGUACUGGAAAUUACAGGAUAUAAAUUGACGUCAUUCAACCAAAUUGAUGACUACGGCCAAGAAAAAGUCUGGAAAACACAAAAACAAUUGGUCCCAAGGAAGAAAAAGAAUCAGAUUACCACUCUUGUUGAGGAUGCUUUGAAAAAUUCAAGCUUUGAAAACUACACUCCUCGUGCACGAGAUUCUCUGUCAUGUUGGUCGCCGGAUUGUAUUGGAUUUAAUCUCAUUGAAGCAGUCUUGUGUCAUAUAUGCCGGAAGGAACGGCCAGGUGCUGUUUUGGUUUUCAUGACUGGAUGGGAGGAUAUUAGUUGUUUGAAGGAACAAGUUAAAGCCCACCCUUUGCUAGGAGACCCAAACAGGGUUUUGCUACUUACUUGUCAUGGGUCAAUGGCUACAUCUGAACAGAAACUGAUAUUUGAAAGACCACCCCCAAAUGUGCGUAAAAUAGUGUUGGCUACAAAUAUGGCAGAGGCUAGCAUCACAAUCAAUGACGUAGUUUUUGUUGUUGAUUGCGGGAAAGCUAAAGAGACUACUUAUGAUGCUCUGAACAACACCCCGUGUUUACUGCCCUCUUGGAUAUCUAAGGCUUCUAUGCGGCAACGUAGGGGACGAGCUGGUCGUGUGCAGCCAGGCGAGUGCUAUCAUUUGUAUCCUAGAUGUGUAUAUGAUGCUUUUGCUGACUACCAACUCCCUGAGCUACUGAGAACUCCACUAAAUUCUCUCUGUUUGCAAAUAAAAAGUUUGCAAAUAGGGAGUAUUGCAGAAUUUUUGUCAUCAGCUCUACAGCCACCAGCACCAUUGGCAGUCCAAAAUGCAAUUGGUUUCCUGACAAGGAUAGGAGCUUUGGAUGAGAAUGAGCAUCUUUCGAAUCUUGGGAGAUACUUGGCAAUGCUGCCAGUGGAUCCAAAACUUGGAAAGAUGCUUAUAAUGGGUGCCAUCUUCCGCUGCUUUGACCCUGUCCUGACAAUAGUAGCAGGCCUCAGUGUCAAGGACCCCUUUCUGUUACCUCAAGACAAAAAGGAUUUAGCAGGGAUAGCAAAGGCCAGAUUUUCUGCUAAGGAUUACAGUGAUCAUAUGGCUCUUGUUCGUGCAUAUGAAGGCUGGAAAGAUGCUGAGCGAGAAGGAUCAGCUUAUGAAUACUGCUGGAGAAAUUUCCUCUCUGCGCAAACUCUUCAGGCUAUCCAUUCCAUUCGGAAGCAAUUUAGUUUCAUUUUAAAAGAUGCUGGCUUAAUAGAUGAAGAUGUGAGGUCAAAUAAUAAGUUAAGUCAUAAUCAAUCAUUGGUCCGUGCUGUCAUAUGCUCUGGCCUGUUUCCUGGCAUAGCAUCUGUUGUGCACAGAGAGACGUCAAUGUCAUUUAAAACUAAGGAUGAUGGACAAGUUCUACUGUAUGCGAAUUCAGUGAAUGCACGAUACCAGACAAUUCCCUAUCCUUGGCUGGUUUUUGGAGAAAAAGUAAAAGUCAACACUGUUUUACUACGUGACUCAACUGGUGUCUCUGAUUCUAUACUGAUCCUCUUUGGUGGUGCUCUUAGCAGUGGUACACAGCCUGGGCAUCUAAAAAUGUUAGAUGGAUAUGUUGAAUUUUUCAUGGAUCUGAACACGGCCGAAUGCUACAGCAAGCUGAAGGAAGAGCUUGAUAAGCUUCUACAAAAAAAGCUUGAAGAUCCUACAAUAGACAUCCUGAAAGAAGGGAAGUACCUAAUGUUUGCCGUUCAAGAGCUAAUAUCAGGAGAUCAAUGUGAAGGGAGAUUUGUAUUUGGGCGUGAAAGCAGAAAAGCUAAGGAUCCUGUAGAUAGCAAUAGAUUCUCGAAAGAUGGAAUGAACCCGAAGAGCUUGCUGCAGACUCUAUUAAUGAGAGCUGGACACUCGCCCCCUAAAUACAAAACAAAACACCUUAAAACCAAUGAGUUCAGGGCACUGGUGGAAUUCAAAGGGAUGCAAUUUGUGGGAAAGCCACAGAGGAACAAACAUCUUGCAGAAAAGGAUGCUGCUAUAGAAGCUUUGGCAUGGUUGACUCAUACUGACAACAAAAAUGACAACCAGGAUGAUAAUUCCCCACCGGAUGUCACUGACAACAUGCUGAAACUUCUUGGAAAACGUAGAAAAUCUAAACGACGUUGAUAUUCUUUGGUUACCUUCACGUACAAAAGUAAGCAAAAUGGCUGUGGAAUGCCAUUCAUAUGGUUUCUAAAUGUAACUGAAUAUUUGAUAUAAAAUGUUUUUUGCUAUAUAAAUGCCACCUUAAUCACUUAA